AUGUUAAGAUUUUGCAAUUCUUCAACUGGAGUAAUAGAGGAACAUUUUGUUGGGUUUAUUGCAGUCACAGAAACAACAGGAGAAUAUUUAACAAAUUCCAUACUACAAGAACUGGAAAGAAAUGGUCUAGAUAUCCAAAACUGUCGAGGACAGGGAUAUGACAAAGGCGCCAAUAUGGUCGGUAUUCAUAAAGGUAUCAGAACAAGAAUACUUAAUAUAAACCCAAGAGCAUUCUUUACGCCGUGCGGAUGUCACAACUGGAAUUUGCUUUUGAUGGAUGCAGCUAACUCUUCUACAAUAACCAAAACGUUUUUUGGUUUCAUCAAUAAAAUCUAUGCGCUGUUUUCAAAGUCAAGUAAGCGUUGGAAUAUUGUGAAAACAAAAUUAAAAUUGACAUUAAAAACUCUGUCUGAAACACGAUGGGAGAGUAGAAUCGGAGCAGUAAAAGCAACAUUUUUGCAAUUUGAUGAUGUUAUCGAAUGUGUGAAUGACCUGAAAAAUAAAAGUGAUGAUUCUGAAACUCUAAGCGACUGUGACGCAGUCUUGAUGUUAACUUUUGAGUUUGUUGUUGCGAUACACGUAUGGUACGAGGUUUUACUACGUGUGAACAAUAUAAGCAAACUAUGGCAAAUAGUUCAAGUCAACUUGAAAGUCGCUAUUGAUACUUUACGGUCAUUUUGCAGCUGUAUUCAAGAAUUCCGUAAUACAGGAUUUGACAAUAGUGUCGCACAAGCUUGA